AUGACGAAGAGCCAAAACGUAAAGGUAGACCGGAUAUGCUGUGUCGGGGCGGGUUAUGUGGGUACACCAACAUCAGCCGUCAUUGCGCUCAAGUGUCCGGAAAUUCAAGUUACCGUUGUUGAUUGUAAUGCUGAAAGAAUCGCUGCCUGGAAUUCUGACAAAUUGCCAAUUAAAGAGCCUGGUCUUCUGGAUGUUGUGAAAGCAUGCAGGGGGAGGAACUUGCAUUUUUCUACGGACGUUAAUUUGCAUGCUAGUGAAGCUGACAUAAUUUUUAUUUGUGUGAACACCCCCACAAAGAAUUAUGGAAUUGGAAUGGGACGUGCUGCAGAUCUGACCACGCUUGAAGCAGCAGCUCGAACGUUGGCCUCUUGUUUCACGACUUCAAAGGUUGUAGUUGAAAAAAGCACAGUUCCGGUCCGCUCUGCGGCUCGUGUAGCUGAGCUCUUGAACCUUCAGUCACCUAGUCAUCUCGAUCAUACCGUUCUCUCGAAUCCCGAGUUUCUCGCUGAGGGUACUGCUAUUAAAGAUCUCCUCUACCCGGAUCGCAUUCUCAUUGGUGGCGACGAGAGCUCGGCUGCUGGCCGUCGAGGUCUGGAAAUGCUCACUUGGGUCUACAAGCAUUGGAUUCCUGAAGAUAGAAUUCUUCUCACUUCAGUUUGGUCAUCUGAACUCUCUAAACUCGCAGCCAAUGCAUUUUUAGCCCAACGAAUCAGCAGCAUCAAUGCCGUUUCGGCGAUUUGUGAGGCGACCGGCGCUGAUGUCCGCGAGGUUGCUAUGGCCAUUAGUCGCGAUACUCGUAUCGGUCCCUUUUUCCUUCAAGCCAGUCUCGGUUUCGGUGGCAGCUGCUUUCGUAAAGAUAUUCUUAAUCUAACAUACAUUUGUGAGUCAUUGAAUCUACCAGAGGUGGCAUCCUACUGGAAUAUGGUACUGAGGCUUAACGACCACCAAAUGGAACGAUUCUCUCGGUCUAUUGUGCGCUCAAUGUUUAACAAUCUUCGGGACAAAAGGGUUGCUAUCUUCGGCUUCGCUUUCAAAAAGGACACUGGGGAUACUCGGGAAAGUCCAGCUAUCCGAGUGUGUUCCAUUCUUCUCUCAGAAUGUGCUUACUUGGCGAUUUUCGAUCCUCAAGUUCCUGCCCAACAGAUCAUUACCGAUCUCAAUGAAGCUUCUAGUCCCGAUUUGGUUCGCGCCAACGUCACUAUAUGUCGAAAUCCAAUGGAAGCUGCUGUUAACUCUCAUGCGAUCGUCAUUUGCACGGAGUGGGACGAAUUUAAGAAUUUAGACUACCAGCAUCUCUAUGAUGUGAUGUGCAAACCGGCUUGGCUUUUCGAUGGUCGUCUAAUUGUGGAUCACCGACUGCUCAAAAAGAUUGGUUUCCACGUUAAGGCCAUUGGCAUAUACCUGAAUGAUGACAAAGACAAUUCACAGCCACCUUUGCCCUAUCGGUAA